CUUUUUAAUAAAUCCCAAGUCCUAUUUAAGCAUGCUCAUUGGUUGACACAUUCUUCAGGGCCGACUGAAAAUAGCAGACUUUGGAUGGGCUGCACAGCUACAGGCACAUGUAAAGAGACAAACUAUGUGUGGCACCAUAGAUUACCUUGCUCCAGAAAUGGUACAGAAUAAGGCUCAUGAUCAAACAGUUGAUAAUUGGACACUAGGCAUACUUUGCUAUGAGUUUCUUUAUGGUGUCCCACCAUUUGAAGCUGAUGAUAAAUACGAUACUUUCAGAAGGAUUCUUAAGGUUGAUAUUGUAUUCCCUUCUUCACCUUUUGUUUCUCCAGAAGCAAAGGAUUUAAUCUCCAAGCUUCUAGUGAAGGAU